CCCAGCUGGGAAAUCCGAACUCGCAGAGGGAAAUCCUUUUCCGUUUAACACUCCACGAGGCAAAAUUGCUAAUCGGGCUGUUUGCUGUUUGCUGCAAGGAGGAACCUCGAGAGGGCGUGGCCUCCGCUGCUGGCCCGCGCCUCCCUCAUUGGGCUGCGCUCCUUCCACGAGCGGCGCGUGCGCCGUUUGGCCGGUCCUCCAGCAUCCCAGAAUGCUGCUGUACCCGGAAGCCGCGCCUCCUCCUCCGCCGCCGCCGCCGCCGCCGCCACCGCCGUGCGGGAAAGGGAAGCCGGGAUGGAGGACGAGGAGCUGGAUUUGGCCGACGAGCUGGAAGCCGCCUUGCAACUGGCGCCGGAGGUGCAGCUGGCCAUCGAGCAGGUAUUUCCCAGCCAAGAUCCUCUGGACAGGGCUGAUUUCAACGCGGUGGAAUAUAUCAAUACACUUUUUCCAACUGAGCAAUCUUUGGCCAAUAUUGAUGACGUAGUGAACAAAAUCAGAUUGAAAAUCAGACGAUUGGAUGAUAAUAUUCGGACAGUGGUACGAGCCCAGACCAACGUGGGGCAAGAUGGCCGUGAGGCUCUUGAGGAGGCCCAGAAAGCCAUCCAGCAGCUCUUUGGCAAAAUUAAAGACAUUAAGGAUAAAGCAGAAAAAUCAGAGCAGAUGGUUAAAGAGAUCACCCGGGACAUCAAGCAGCUGGACCACGCCAAACGCCACCUGACCACCUCCAUCACGACGCUGAACCACCUCCACAUGUUAGCCGGGGGAGUGGACUCCCUGGAGGCGAUGACCAGGAGAAGACAGUACGGAGAGCUUGCUAACCUUUUACAAGGUGUUGUUAACGUGCUGGAGCAUUUCAACAAAUAUAUGGGGAUCCCGCAGAUCCGUCAGCUUUCCGAAAGGGUGAAGGCAGCCCAGAACGAGCUGGGACAACAGAUCCUGGCUGAUUUUGAAGAGGCUUUUCCUUCCCAAGGAACAAAGCAGAGAUCGGCUGGUCCCAGCAAUGUUCUCCGCGACGCCUGCUUGGUCGCCAACAUCUUAGAUCCCCGGAUCAAGCAGGAAAUCAUCAAGAAGUUUAUCAAGCAGCAGCUGGUGGAAUAUCUGGUGCUUUUCCAGGAAAACCAGGACGUGGCUUGGCUGGACAAGAUUGACCGUCGUUACGCCUGGAUCAAACGUCAGCUGGUAGACUAUGAGGAAAAAUACAGCCGGAUGUUCCCGGGGGAAUGGUGCAUGACGGAAUGUAUCGCAGUGGAUUUCUGUCACAUUACAAGGACUGAGCUGGGGAAAAUCAUGCGCACCCGGGCGAGAGAGAUCGAAGUCAAGCUGCUUCUUUUUGCAAUCCAGCGGACUACCAACUUCGAAGCGCUGCUGGCCAAACGCUUCUCGGGCUCUACGCUUUCAGAGGCAGCGGUGACGAAAAAGCCGGAUCCUCCGCCGGUCUCCACCAAUCCUUUUCUCGAAGAAGAAUCCGCGACGGAUGAGGAUGAAACCCCACCAGAAAAGAUCGACAUUGACAAGCCACAAAAGCCAAAAAUUCCAAGUAAUCCGUUCCAUGGAAUUAUUUCUAAGUGCUUUGAGCCCCAUCUCUACGUCUACAUCGAAUCUCAGGACAGGAACCUCGGAGAGCUGAUCGACCGCUUCGUGGGGGACUUCAAAGCCCAGGGACCCCCCAAGCCGAACGUGGAUGAGGGCGGGGCCGUCCUGCCCAGCUGCGCCGACCUCUUUGUCUAUUACAAGAAGUGCAUGGUCCAAUGCUCCCAGCUUAGCACCGGGGAGCCUAUGAUCGCCCUCACCACCAUCUUCCAGAAAUAUCUGCGGGAAUACGCCUGGAAGAUUCUCUCCGGAAAUUUACCCAAGACAACGAACACCGGCGGCGGCGGCCUGACCAUUACCAGUUUACUGAAAGAGAAGGACGGUUCGGAGGUGGCCAAAUUCACCUUGGAAGAGCUCUGCCUGAUCUGUAGCAUUCUGAGCACGGCUGAAUAUUGUUUGGCGACCACCCAACAGCUUGAAGAAAAACUCAAGGAGAAGGUGGACGACAGCUUGGUUGGAAGGAUCUCCCUGAUGGGAGAGAUGGAUACCUUCAGCACAGUGAUUUCCAGCAGCAUCCAGCUUCUGGUACAGGAUUUGGACGGCGCUUGUGACCCAGCCCUCACCGCCAUGAGCAAAGUAAAAUCUUUUAAGGAAUUUCAGAAGGAUUUGGGGAAGGGGGGGUGUCUUUAACCAACCCCCUCCAUGCUCUCUGCAGAAAUUUAACCAAU